UGUGUUCUCAGUUCCCCAACUUCCUAUUCCUUCUGAGAGAGAGAGAGAGAGAGUCGUCUUUGCUGUGGAGAUUCAAGGUUCUGAUAAUGGCUUCAAGACCCAUCGUUCAACACCAAAACAGAGGAGGUGAGGCAGUUGCAGGAGGUGGUAAGAAGAAGACCAUGGAAGCCGACGGGAGAAACCGCCGUGCACUAGGUGACAUUGGUAACCUUGUUACUGUCCGAGGAAUUGACACAAAGCAGAUCACUCGCCCGGUUACAAGGAGUUUCUGCGCACAAUUACUUGCCAACGCACAAGCCGCAGCAGCAGCAGAAAACAACAAGAAAGCAGUCCAAGUCAAUGUGGUUGAUGGAGCGGCUGCAGUGGGUAAAGAAGCUAUUCUGUUGCCAAAGGCAGCUCAGAGGAAAGUUACUGUCAAACCAAAGCCUGAGCCAGUGACUGAGAUUAGUCCUGAAGAUGAGGAGGUCAAGAAGGAGGAGAAGCCAGUGAUCAGGAAAAAGGCUGGACAAGAAGGGUCAUCAAGAAAGAAGUCCCAAACCCUCACUUCAGUCCUCACUGCCCGAAGCAAGGCUGCUUGUGGCCUGACUGACAAGCCAAAGCCAAAGGAGCAGAUUGUGGACAUCGACGCUGCAGAUAUCGAUAACGAGUUGGCAGUUGUUGAAUACGUCGAAGAUAUAUACAAGUUCUACAAGCAGGUCGAGAAUGAGAGCAGAGUUCACGACUACAUGGACUCGCAGCCUGAGAUAAAUGAGAAGAUGAGAGCAAUCCUGGUGGAUUGGUUGAUCGAAGUUCACAACAAAUUUGAACUCAUGCCAGAGACUCUAUACCUCACUAUCAACAUUGUUGAUCGCUACCUCGCUUCAAAGUCGGUGUUGAGGAGGGAACUGCAAUUAGUAGGCAUCAGUGCCAUGCUCAUGGCCUCCAAAUAUGAAGAAAUCUGGGCCCCAGAGGUCAAUGACUUUGUGUGCAUCUCAGACAGGGCUUAUACAAAUGAGCAAGUGCUGAUUACCGAGAAACGCAUACUGGGAGAGCUCGAAUGGAGCUUAACAGUUCCUACACCUUAUGUUUUCCUCGCGCGCUUCAUCAAAGCCGCUGUUGCUGAUCAGCAUAUGGAGAACAUGGUGUAUUUUCUGGCUGAGCUAGGGAUAAUGAAUUAUGCCACCAUUAUAUACUGUCCAUCAAUGCUUGCUGCCUCAGCAGUCUACACUGCCCGUUGCACCCUCAACAAAAGCCCUGCUUGGAACGACACACUAAAACUGCACACUGGUUUCUCAGAGACACAGCUUAUGGAUUGUGCUAAACUACUGGUUAGCUUCCACUUGGUGGCCGCAGAAAACAAGCUGAAGGUGAUCUAUAGGAAAUACUCCAAUCCCGAGAGAGGCGCCGUUGCCCUGCUCCCACCGGCCAAAAGUCUAUUGGCUGUUGCUACAUCAUGACUAACAACAACAUUAAGCAAUUACUGUGUCUUGGAUUUUGCUUCUGAUAACAGUUGUGGAGCAAUUUUUUUUUUAAAUUUUUUUUCUUUAAUUUUAAAUUUGUAGUAUUUUUGCUACAGAAAACUUGAGUACUAAUUCAAUUCAUUUUAUUCAAUUACUAGAGUAUUUUUA